UCCUUUGAUCUUGGCUUGUGUUUCUGCAGUCCAGAAACCCAUUUGAGCCAUCUGAGUCUUUCAUCAUCUUAGCUUUCCCAUUUUGCUAUUAAAGUUGGGAUUUUGGGGUCAAAAUCCCCAAACCCAUCUUGAAAUCCAGCUGGUUUCUCCAUUUUUUCUCACUUUCUUGAUCUCAAAUCUCAGAAAGUUUCCAACUUUUAUUCUGGGUUGGGUUUUCCGAGACUCUUUCAAAUACCCAAAUUCACGAACUUUCUCAGGGACUGGUUUUUGUUUCCAGAAGCUUAUCUUAAUGCAUAACAUCUGGUUCUUGAUGUAUGAUGUUCAUGUCUCCAGUUCUGAGUGAAAUCCUUAUUUUCGAGUGUAUGAUAAAUUCUACAUUCAGGCGCAGGACCCAUUUAGUUCAAUCAUUCUCAGUUGUUUUCCUUUACUGGCUUUAUUACGUUUCAUGAUUUAAGCUCUCAUCAAACGCUAAUAAUAAGGCUACUAUCUGCAAUAAUAUUAUUAUUACUUCUAUUAUCUGCAAUAUUUAAGUUUAUUUUGUUUCUGGGUCCUGCUGUUCUCUCUCUCUCUCUCUGAGUUGCUCUCAAUUACUGUGAAAAUCUGCAAACUUUUCUGUGGUUUCAAUGGCUUCUUCAAGUGGGACAUCCUCAGGUUCUUCCAUGCUUCAAAACUCUGGUUCUGAAGAAGACUUGCAGGUUCUGAUGGACCAGAGAAAAAGAAAGAGAAUGAUUUCCAAUCGUGAAUCUGCAAGGAGGUCUAGGAUGAGAAAGCAGAAGCACUUGGAUGAUUUGAUGGCUCAGAUGGCUGAGCUGAAGAAGGAGAACAAUCAGAUCAUCACCAGCGUGAACAUCACAAGCCAGCAUUACAUGAACAUUGAGGCAGAGAACUCUGUUCUCAGAGCCCAAGCGGAUGAGCUUAGCAACAGACUGCAGUCUCUGAAUGAGAUUGUGAGUUUCUUGAAUGCAAGCAAUGGGGUUUUUGCUGCUGGAGAUUCAAGCAGCUUCAAUGAGCCCACUGACAGCUUCUUCAACCCAUUGAAUCUGUCAUAUUUGAACCAGCCAAUCAUGGCU